AUUUUAGUUCCUUGAAGUUUAUAAAGAAGUUUUUCUCGAAAAGGGUCAGACGCCAUCUGCCAGCUACAACCGUUGGCAGACAAAAUGGAAGCAGCGAGAAGUCCCAGGGGAGAAGAAGACAGAUUCCCGGAAAAUUCCAUGGCGGGAUCUUGUGAAAUCAGCAACCUCAUCUCUAAUUAUAUCAGUGCCAUGUACCAGCCAGAGGAGGUCCCACCAGACCCUGAUCUGCUAACCCACCUCGUCGAAGAUGACAACCUAUCUCUUGUUCUGAGUAACGCAAACAUGGCAACCGAGACAACAGGCAAACCAACAUGGUUUGGUGAAAUGCCACAUAGCUGGAGCAGGUCUCAGGUGCUGGAGUGGAUCAGCUAUCAUGUGGAGAAGAACAAGUAUGAUGCCAGUGCCAUAGAUUUCUCUUGCUGCAACAUGGAUGGCUACACCCUUUGCCAAUACACACGGGAUCAGCUGGGACUUAUCUUUGGGCCCCUUGGGGAUGAGUUAUACGACCGCCUUCAUGAGACUGAUGAACUUGGCUGGAUCAUGUCAGUGCUGAGGACUGAUGAUGUAUCCCAGGAGGCCCUUCUGGAAUCCAGUUCUUUAGAAUUGGGGAACUCAUGCAGUCAGGACUAUCUGGAGGAAAUGAAACUAGCGACCAUUUUUUCACAGCCAGAUCUUGGCUACAUCUCUGGAGCCAUGUCCCCAGACAGUUCUGCAUCUCUAGCAGGGACAAUGUCUCAGAGCCCUCAAUCUCAGGACUCCGGUGGAAGUGAUCUUGAUCUUGAUCCCAUAGACAUAAAGCACUGCAAUUUUUCUGAUGAAUAUAAGAAAGAAGAUCUCAAGAAAAGGAAAAGGGGACGACCAAGGAAGAUCAGCAAAGACAGCAGAGACUGCCUGGAGACUAAAAAAAACAAACACUCACCAAGAGGGAUCCACCUGUGGGAAUUUAUUCGGGACAUCCUAAUUCAUCCUGAGCUAAAUGAGGGUUUGCUGAAGUGGGAAGACCGUCGAGAAGGCAUUUUCAAAUUCCUGAGAUCAGAGGCUGUAGCUCAGCUCUGGGGACAAAAGAAAAAAAAUAGUAGCAUGACCUAUGAGAAACUCAGCCGGGCCAUGAGGUAUUACUACAAACGGGAAAUUCUGGAACGUGUGGAUGGCCGGAGACUUGUGUACAAGUUUGGGAAAAACUCCAGUGGUUGGAAGGAGGAAGAGGUGCAAGACCAGAGCUAAACACCUACAAGAGCCUCAUGUGGACUUGAAGUGGCCCACUCUUUCUUGGAGGCCCACCUCUGAGGAUAAUGGGUUGUCACGGGCCCAGAACUAUUAAACUG